AUGUUACGGUUUCUGAAAUUGCCCUUCAGCAAAGAUGGUAAACGUGGAAAAGAUGUGAACAACUUGGUGACCAAGUCAAAUGUCAAUGAAGAAUAUAAAGAAGCCUUUAGGACAAAUUCUUACGUAGAAAUUUACAAGAAAGUUCAGGGUCAACUGGAAAGAAGUACCGAUAAUGGACCAUCCUCGUCUUCAUCCUCGUCUUCGUCCUCAUCCUCAUCCUCAUCCUCAUCCUCGUCUUCUUCUUCUUCUUCUUCAAGGAAUGUUCAUCUCUCCGAGUUUCUAUUUGAACCUCAGCAAGAAACCCUAGCCUACAUGAUUGAAAACUCGGAGCUUCAUCAACUUCUCGUCAAUUACUUUGAGAUUAGUUUAGAGGCCUGCAGAUUAUGUGAAUUGCUCCUCAAAAACGUCCACAAAGUACGCGCUAAUUAUCAAGUAAUAAAAACCGCGAUAAAGCAAAUGAAGAAGGCACCUGAUGGUGCAAGUUGGAAUACAGAUGAUCGGUGCCUUGCUGUUUAUAGAAAUCUUGCUUCAUUUGUCAUGCUUAGGAAUCCCUUAUCAACAAUAACCCCAUUACAAUUCCAAGAAUUACACGAAAACCACUUACAUUUUCUUCAUAGAUUAACAUCCAAAUGUGGGAAAACAAAGAGGAAAACAAAAUUGAGAAGGUGGAUCAAGAAAGUCAUGACGUACAUUUUUUUGGGGACAUGUGGCGCAUUAGUCAUUCCUAUACUAAUUCUUGCAUUUCAUAGCAUGGUAGCGAUGGUGGUUGCACCAGUGUUGUUCGUUCUUGGUUCUUUAAGCUUAGUCUUGAAGAAAUUAAAAGUGGCAAGAAAAAAGUUGAAGAAGAAAACCCCAUGCGAAAGGCUAGGAAUGCAGCUUGAUAUUGCAGCAAGAGGGGUUUAUAUAUUGAUCAAAGACUUUGAUACAAUAAGCAGAUUGGUGCAGAGACUUCAUGAUGAAUUGGAGCACGAGAAAUUUGUAGCAGACAUCUGUGUUAGGAAAGGGAAGAAUGAAAUCUUGAAAGAAGUUCUGAGAGAGUUUCAGCUAAAUGGAUCUUCUUUCUUGGAGCAAUUAGAAGAACUUGAGAAGCAAAUAUAUCUGUGUUUUCUUGACAUAAACAGAUCAAGAAGGCUACUUUUUGAAGAAAUAAUCAGUUAA